CAGUCAAGGAUAAAGAACCUUUGCUUCCAAGCCCCUAAAGUGGAUGUGAACUUUGGACUUUAUUGGCCAUGUGUCAUCUUCAAAACACCCAGUGCAUUCUGGGUGAUCUGUACCUGCUACAGAAUAAAAUGUGGACGCAACCCAUUGUGGUGCAUUGUAGGAGUUCAACAGUGGGCCUGGCAUGCUACCCCGCCUUCUCACUCAUAAAUAACCAUGAGACCAGGUCAAGAGGACUGAAAACAGACACCGAACACACAAACACAUACGACUGUUUUUUAAAAAGGAGGACUUUUUGUACGAAUGCUGGGACUGGAUCUGAGGAAGGCCUCGCUGAAAGGACCUGCUUUGAGAUGAAGAGAGUAAACAGCGUCCAAAGAUUCAUGAACAGCAGGGCUGCUGCUAACUGCCGCUACAAACCCACAAGCUACGAGCAUGCAGCAAACUGCUACACACACGCGCUGGUGAUCGUGCCUGCGAUUGUGGGUGUGGCUCUGCUGCAUCGUCUCUCGGAUGAUCGGUGGGAGAAGAUCACGGCAUGGGUGUACGGCCUCGGCCUCUGUGCUCUCUUCCUCAUCUCCACCAUCUUCCACAUCAUCACCUGGAAGAAGAGCCACAUGAGGACGGUGGAACACUGCUUCCACAUGUGUGACCGGGUGGUCAUCUAUUUCUUCAUCGCCGCCUCAUACACACCCUGGUUAAACCUGAGGGAGCUGGGUCCUCUGGCGUCGCACAUGCGCUGGUUUGUGUGGCUCAUGGCGGCUGCAGGAACCAUCUACGUCUUCAACUACCACGAGAAGUAUAAACUGGUGGAGCUGGCCUUCUAUCUGACGAUGGGAUUCUCCCCUGCACUGGUGGUGACGUCGAUGACAAACACAGAUGGCGUGUAUGAGUUGGCGUUUGGUGGUUUCAUCUACUGCCUGGGCGUGGUCUUCUUUAAAUCAGAUGGUGUCAUUCCAUUUGCUCACGCCAUCUGGCACGUGUUCGUCACGCUCGCCGCCGCCGUGCACUACUACGCCAUCUGGAAAUACCUCUACCGCAGCUCACCUGGUGACGAGGUCAGGGCUGUGGCUGACCUCUGACCUGUCUGGCACAUGCACGCAAGCACCCAUGUACGUGCAGAGGGUCAUCUCACCGGAGAGUUCUUCAUCUAAAACAUUUUCACCAAGAGGUGCUCAUCAGCUACUCGAGUUUACCAACACGAUCUCGGAUUGUUUACUAGCCGCCUGGAGAACAGUGUGUGUGUGUGUGUGUGUGUGUGUGUGUGUGUGUGUGAGUGAAAGUUAAAAAAAGUUUCAUUUCUUUUCCAUUUCCACCAGUAUUUCUGGACAGAUGUUAAACCGAACAGCGUUUCCAGUCAGACGCUCGUUUCAGCCAAAAAUAAAAAAAAAAGUACACAGUUUUCCUCAGAUGUAGUUGAACAGCGGAGACGUCUUUGGCGUGUUCAGUUUUGUACCGUGACGCUUAUACACACCAGUUCAGCAUGCCUGAGUCACCACGCUGCUGUUACUGAGCCGAACAGCGUCUGUUAAAGCGGUGAGGUGAUUCAGGUGUGCAGGCUAAACCGGUGGCUUCCAUCACUUGUUAGCUACGCAAGUGUUCGACUGCGUUUGUGCGUUGUGUACGUUUAAUUCGUUUUCGGACGUUUAAAUGUCCGUUCUGUGUUAUCUGUGAUGUGAAUGUGUUUGUUUGUUUGUUUGUUUUUAAACAGAUAUUCAGAGCAGCUCUGCUUGCUCACGCACAUUCCACUUUUCACAAAUUUGCGACGUAUGGAGAAGACCGAAAUCCGUAGAGGCCAUGCGUUAUUGUUAUUUUAUACCUUGGGAUAAUGUAAUGUUGAGGUGAGGACGUCGAAGUCUGAUGGAAACAGUAUUGUACUGAUCAUCUUUCCUGCUGUAACUAUGACAGUCUUCGCGAGAUUCCCACGACUCUCCUGUAGGUCGGAAAACCGUUACUGAAAGUCGAUGACAUAGAUUUUUUUUUAAUCAAACCGACAGUCAUUUCAGUGGCGCCAAAUAAAACGAUUCAUUUUGUUAACGCGGACGGCGUUUUUAAUGGAUCGCUGUGUGUAGCGGCUUCUCGAGGUCACUGACCGCGGACGAGACCAAACUGUUCAUCAGGCAGCUCUUUUUUUUUUUGAUUGAAGGGUUAUUUACAGGUAGCAGAAGUGACCUCAGUCUUGAAUGUAACUUCAGUAUAAAUCAUCUACAUAAAUGCCUUGCUUGUAGUGUAGCUAAGUAGCUUCAGCUAACUGCUUUUUAGCGUAGAUGUUUUAAUCAGCUUCUGAUACUUCCAAAACUGCUCUCUCCGGUGAGUUAAUGGUAAUUGACCGCUGACUCCACUCGUGAUCUUGAAAAAUAAAAUCGAUAAUGCAUGGUCUCUCUCAACUCUUGUAGAACAUAUUUUCACUUUUUUCCUCACUCAACAAACAGCAAACUGUGGAAAAACCACUUUAUGUUGAUAUUCCAUUUUCUUUUUCCAUUUUUUCCCCCCGUUUCCCAUAGUACGUUCUUUACGUUCUCGCCUCAGGUUAAAAAUAAUUAGUCGCGUAAUACACCUCACACGGCGGUUCCACCAUCCUGUUCUAUAAAAGAGUGAACAAAUAUGGCCAACAGACCUUUCGCUACACCUUAGGCAGAUUUUAUGUGAUAAGGAAAUGUAAUAUUGGUGCAAGGACGCUAGCUAAACCAACAGAGAACUGAGAUACUCAACACAACCCAGCUGGUAGUGAGAAAAUAGAGGUGUAUAUAUUGACUGGGAUCCUGCGAGAACCAGCAAAAAUCACUCAGACCAGCAGAUUUGACCGAGUUUACUACGUGCACAUGAGUGAAUGAGCGAGGGCCUGACGAAGAAAAGUUUGAACGGCGAUUUUCUGUGUGAACUAGGAAUGACGCGGUGGAACGCUAAAUCGGCGCUAAAAUGUUUCCUCAAACUAAUCCUACAGUGCAUGUGGGCAGAUGUUUCUUCAGUUCCUCACUACCUGAAAUUAGGUCCCAUUUAUGGAAGAAUCGUGGGUUCAUCUUAUUCUGUCUUAUACGACCUCACAAUAAACAUACACAGAAAAAUGAAGCUCAGAACGGAAGUCUCGGGAAUUUGCCGCGUCCGGUGAGCGUAUGUAGCUAAUAGAGUUGGCUCGCUUUGUUAAUCUAAUUGGAGAACAAAGCCAAGCGUGCAGCACAUACAUCAAACAACCGAUUUUCACACUGAUUAGUGCGCUGUUUAAUUUAGGUUUAAAUGGUUAGCUUUAGAAGUGAUAUGUAGCUACUACUGUAGGCCACGCCCACAAGCAACAACAGUACCGGUCGCUACAAAGCCUACAGGAGAUGAACUACAAGCUAGCUACAAGUGUGAAUGAAGGCUGAGGCAUCAGGCGUGCAGGUUUCUCAUUCUGGGCUAAUUUUGAGGUCGCAUCUCAUAAUAAUGUCCACCAAAGGAAACGUUAAAGAACACUCUGACCAAAUGAAAUAAAGUGAGGGAACAGUCUGCAACAAAUUUCAAACUCUUUAUUUAUUUAUUUAAAUCAACAAUGUCUGGACCUUGUUUCCCAACAUCCUCUGUUCCAGUCCGAGUUGAAAUGGCUCAUGGGAAAUGGAGUUCUUCUGAGAUAUGCUGCAUUUUGUGUUUUUAUUUUGGUCGUGCGUGUCAGUAUUUCCAUUCCAAAGACGUCUUCUGGAUUAUGUUCUGCAUAGGUUUUGUUUUUGUCUUUAAUGUCGCUAUGGUUAAUGAACAUGAGCUCAAUGAUACACUUUUGAUAAAAUCUUCAUUCUCUGAACAAGAUCCAGAAGGAUUUUUUGUAAUCUUUGUACUGUAUAUUUUCAUCCUGGCACAUAUUUGUACACCGGCUUUUUCAAUACGACAUACAGAGAGAGAGAGGGAGCGAGAACUCGUCCUUAUCGCCAGGUCGUUCUCCUCCUGAUCUGUUCAGUGUUCGGUGCCGCACAUAACGGCAUUGUGUCUGAAUCUUUCUGUAGUGUUAAUAAAACACAACUGCUUUAA